CUUCGCAGCAGUCGAAUACAAGACGGUAUGAAAGAGAGUCAGAUAAGUGCCUGCUCGCGAUACUUGAAAAUUUAUCCAAAUUCAGCAAAAUCUACGGAGAAAAAUUUUAAAACGCGUUUGAAGGGAAAUUUGUAAAAGAAACUUACCUUGAAAAAAAUCGUUGAACGAAAAAUUGUAAACAAUGGAAGUAGAAGUCCCUCCAUUCAUCUUUGUUAUCUUCAUGUUUAUCGGUGUUUUUAUCGUCGGAUAUUUCAGCAUGCGUUGCUUUGAAGCUGCAAGAAAGUUCAGACGACAAGACAGCAACAACGCACAAGAUGAACAACACAGAUGCAAUUGCUCCCAACCAAAUGAGAACCCGAAUGGACUUGUCUACACAAUUUCUGGCAGACAUUUAGAACCUCCACCAGCGUUUUGUGACGUUGUUAAAGACGACAAAGAUUUGCCAAAAUACGAGGAAGUAAUGGAAAAACCUCAUCUUUACAGAAUAGAGAAAGAAAGUGUCGUGGAACACGUCUAAAUUUACUUAGAAUUUACUUAAACCUCAACUUGAUUGUGAUAUUUUUAGGAUAUAAGCAAAAUUAUGAAUAAAUAAAAGUAUUUUUGUUUUUAAAAUAUGUAA